UUUGUAAUAUUGGCGUUUGUUCAAAGCUUUUGGUACGAGUGUCGUCUGUUAUCUCCUUUUGUUACCGUGUCAACAAAUGGUGCUGUAUUUCGAGUGUGAACUAGUUCAGCCUCCGUACCACAUAUACAUGGGGGAGGAUAAACAUGAGAAUGAUGAGCUUAUCCGUUGGGGUUGGCCAGAAGACGUUUGGUUUCAUGUAGACGCUCUGUCAUCUGCUCAUGUUUACCUACGACUCAAAGAAGGCGAAACCUUAGAUGAUGUUCCUGCAGCAGUUAUACAAGACUGCGCACAGCUAGUCAAGGAAAACAGUAUUCAGGGAUGUAAGCUUAACGACGUUACUGUGGUGUAUACGAAAUGGGAAAACUUGAAAAAAACCAAUGACAUGGAUAUUGGUCAAGUUGGUUUCCACAGCAAUAAAGCAGUUCGUAAAAUCGUGGUUGAAAAACGUAUUGGAGAUAUAAUAAAACGACUUGACAAGACAAAAAAGCAACGCCACCAGCCUGAUUUACGGGGUGAACGCGAGGAAAGAGACAGUCGUAUGAGAAAUAAGGAAAAAGCUGCUCUGGCUGCACGUAAGAAAGCCGAAACUGAAGCUCAAAAAGUUCGUGCGGCUGAAGCCGAAAAACGGUCUUACGACCGUCUAUUCGUUGAGAGUAAGAUGAGGACAAAUGAAGAUGGUUAUGACUCAGAUGACUUUAUGUGAAUAAUUAUAAAUAUUCAUAUCUUAAUCACUUCUCACUGCCGAAAAAUCCUUCAUUUGUUAACAUUUAAAUUUAUUUGUCUGCCUCUCGAGUACUUGUUCGCAACCACUAGUCAAAUUUACUUGUAACACUGAAUGGUCGUUUCCACUGUCGUACACUUUUGUUUAUCUACCUUAAUGUUACUUUUUCUCCCAUACGCUUAAUCUUUGCAGGCUGUUGUGAAGUAUGUGGUGACUUGAACCAGUCCAUUUCUGCACCUGGUUCUGGAUUGAUUUGUCUGCCUUUCCAUGAUUGAAGGAGUUAUGGAUUGACAUCUAUUUGUUGUAUCAGACUAAAAGCAAUUUUUAAUGAUCGAAAGGCUUUUAGGCUGUUUACUGAAGUACUUUUAUGUAUAUAAGAUGGUAAGAUGUAUAUAAGAUAGUACACAGGAUGGUUUGAUGUCCGAAGACUUUUGGUUUUGAUUUUUUCCUUUCCAGAUGAAUGAACCGAAUAAUCUUUUCAUUCAUUAGGCUAUAUGUUUUUGCAGGGUGGUAUCAGAAUUUAAUAGGACGUUUUUUCUCUCCUUAGAUGUAUAUUUUAAUAGUACUGUGGUUUUACCAUGAUUACAAUAUUGACUGGAUAAUUAAUGUGUUGUUUUGUAACUAACAGUAUUUCCACACAUUUAUACAAGUAUGUUCUCGAUUGACAUAGUGUGAAAUGAGCUGUCUUUUUUAACAAACCUAGCUAUUCACUCAUUUCUUAUGUUUGAAUACUCAAACUUUCUAAAUCCAUAAGUAAUCAUAGUGAACGUUGCUCAUUCCUGUAUAUAGUGCUUUAGCAUAGCACUGUGCUCUCGGG